AGUCUGACCAUACAAUUUCUGACCAUUACUGACCACACCAUUAGUGACGACACCAUUACUGACCACACCAUUACUGACAAUACCAUUACUGACCACACCACUACUGACAAUACCAUUACUGACCACACCACUACUGACGAAACCACUGUUGACCAAACCAUUACUGACCACACCAUUACUGACCACACCAUUACUGACCACACCACUACUGACCACACCAAUGCCGACCACACCAUUAUUGACCACACCAUUACUGACCACACCACUGUUGACCACACCAUUACUGACAAUACCAUUACUGACCACGCCACUACUGACCACACCACUACUGACCACACCACUGUUGACCAAACCAUUACUGACCACACCACUACUGACCACACCACUGUUGACCACACCACUACUGACAAUACCAUUACUGACCACACCAUUACUGACCACACCACUGUUGACCAAACCAUUACUGACAACACCACUACUGACCACACCAAUGCUGACCACACCACUAUUGACCACACAAUUACUAACAAUACCAUUACUGACCACACCAUUGCUGACCACACCAUUAGUGACCACACUAAUACUGACCAUUACUGACCACACCAUUACUGACCACACCAUUACUCCCCACUACUGACCACACCAUUGUUGGCCAUUACUGACCACACUAUUACUGACCAUUACAGACCACACCAUUACAGAGCAUUACUGAUCACACUGGUACUGACCACACCAUUAUUGACCACACCAUUACUGACCAUUAUUGACCACACCA